UUUUGUAUGUGUCAGUCUUGUCAUUAGUAUUUUUAUACUGGUAUAAUAAAUAAUGUAAAAUAUAAAUGGGAAAUUUUAGGGAAACCCUUUGCAGGCUUUGCCAUAACGCCGUAAGUGAUGGGAGUUUUAAAAUAAUAGAAGAAACCGUUAAUGAGGUUUUAAAUGUUCUUUUGUUAAAACUGAAUAUAGAAGAGAAUAAGUCUGUGAUAUGCAAUUCCUGUUCCACAAAAUUGUUUGCAGCUUUUGAUUUCAAAAUGAUGUGUAUGGGCAUUGAGGAUACUAUUUUUCGUUAUGCCAAUUCCGAAAAUGCGGCACCCGUCGAUUUAACAGAUAUUUACGUUAAAGAGAAAGAUGAAGGACGUUUAAGAACAGAGCUAGAGGGUGACAGAAUUUGUCGAUUGUGCAUGAAUUUAGUCACCUGUGAAUUUACAUCAGUAAAAGUCCUGGAGACUGACCUGAUUCAUAACUAUAUUCCAGAAGUGAAUUUUAGCUUGACCAAGGAACCAGUUAUAUGUUCAUUUUGCCUUGAUUUCUUGAAUAUCCAUGGUGCUUUCUUAAAUAACUGUUUAGAUAUACAAGAGAGAAUUAAAUAUAUUUCGGAUGAUAAAACCACAAAGGAUCUAUCUUGUGUUAAGAUCGAAGAGGUUGAAAUAAAAACUGAAGUAAACGAUAAAGAUGAACAGAGUGUCCCUCCUGUCUAUGCUGAUGAACUCGUUAACAACAAAGCCAAGAGUGUCGGUCUAAAAUCUCAUCAGUCGAUACAAGAGAAUCCUUCACAAGCCCGAAUAUACAGGUGUUAUACGUGUACCUACGAAAGCAGGCACAGGAGCCGUUUCGUAUGCCACCAACUGAGUCACAGAAAGCUUUCAGAAGUGCCUACGUUUAAAUGCGAUACUUGCAGUUUUCUCACCAAGUACAAAAGUGAUUUGAAAACCCAUCAAUUAAAACACAAAGACCUUUCGAAGGUUGAAGUGUACAAGUGUGAUAUAUGCGAUUUCGAAACUAAGUAUAGAAAGUCCCUAAGCAACCAUCAUUUGACACACAAAGACAGUUCCGAGAUCGAAAUGUACACGUGUGAUAAAUGUGAUUUCACAACUAAGCACCAGACAAGCGUCUUACGCCAUCGAUUGAUACACACAGACUUUUCCGAGACGCAAAUGUACUCGUGUGACCUGUGCGAUUUUACAACUAAAUAUAAAAACAAGCUCAAGCCGCACCAGUUAAAGCACGCAGACCCUUCGAGAGUACAAAUGUACACAUGUGGUUUGUGUGACUUUACAACUAAAUAUAAGCACAGCUUUAAGCGCCAUCAGUCGAAACACACUGACAGUUCAAAAGGGCCAUUGUACUCGUGUGAUAUGUGUCCCUACAAAAGCAGUGACAAGUGGACAGUAAGAACACACCAAUUGGUGCACAAGGAUUCCUCAAUGGUUCAAAUGUACACAUGUGAUUUGUGUGACUAUAAGACCAAGCACAAGAACAAUCUUAAACGUCAUAAAAUGGGACACGAAAGCCUUUCGCAAUUAUACAAGUGAUGAACUUUUGGAUAGGAAACGUGGAUUUAGAACCAAGCUUAAAUAUAGCCCAAACUACAGUAGAGAGACGAAAAGCAAAACAAAAUCUCGAAUUAUAUCAGUUGAAACACGGCAUAGGUGUAGUUAUACAAAUGUAUAAAGAAUGUUUUUGUAUAAGGACAACUAUAGGUGUUAUCUCAUUGAAAUUGUAAAUAUAUGAUGGUCUAAAUUUGAUACUUUGGGUUUUCUGGUAUUUACCAUAAACAUAUAAAAAGUUAAAUGUCACAGGCAUAAUUGUCAAGAAGAGUUGCUUAAUGAAGACCUUAUAAUCAUAUCUUGGUCAAUUUAAAAAAUACAGGGCAUUUUUCAAUUUUCAGCAGAUUUUUUUUAGUUGGAACACAAAACAUCUGCGUAAAUUACUCGUAGUAUAUGUCGUAAAUAUAAGUAAAAUAUGAGUUAGAUAUUUUAAUAUAUCUCAGAAAGAAACAUGUUACACUCCUUCAAAGGGGUAUAUCUUUUUAUUUUCAUUUAAAAGUUUAUAUAAAACGGUACUUUUAUUUUUUGGUGUACUAUUCAUUCUGAAAAUAUCAGGAGACAAUUUAAUAUAAGGAGAGUUUAAACAGCAAAUAAAAUAAAAUAAGGGAGAAAAUAAAAUUAAUUAAGAAUUAGAAGCAAAAAAUAUUGGUUUAUAUAGAUGAAUAAAAUAAAAUAAGAAAUAAGAAUAAACCAAGCAAAGCGCAACUUUUCUGACAAUGACUCGUGUCUGUGAUUUUCCCUUUUUCGUUUUAUGGCCAAUACCAAUAAUGGCAGUGCCUGCUACUAUCAUCUUCAUCAAUAUCAUCACUCCCAGCUUAAUAUUUCUAUCAUCCAUCUCAAAAUUCAUAUACCGCCAAAAAUUUCAACCUCAAAUAAUAUUUUUAGGUUAGGUGUUGGGUUAGAAUAAUUGGCAACGCGGAACAUUUUGAAUAGAGAUUUUGGUCAUGCGCAUUAUCAGUUUCCAAACAAAAUAAGAUAAAUUAAUACAAGAAAACUAAAGUUAACCAUCUUUUAUUGUUAUUCUUAUUUUAGCUUAUUUCAUGUAUAAUUUAUACAUGUAUAAACGCUUUCAUAGAAAUGUGCAUGUUCAACUUUCUUAUUUUAUUCCUUAUUUUAUUUUAUUUGCUGUUUAAACUCUCCUAUAGACUGAAACAAAUAAUAUGUCUAAAAUAGCUCCGCCCUUAAAUGCGCACUGGUCACGCUCUAGAAGUGUAUCGCCCUUCGACAUUUGUUAUACAACCACGUUAAAGCAAAAUAUGAAUAAUUAAUUGUGAUAUUUGGCCAAUCUAGGAACUUUACUAAUUUAUUUUGCUAGUGCUAAGAAUAAGUAAAACGCCUUGGAAUGUAUAUUGUAUUCAACAAAUCUUCUCUAUAUAUAAUACUAAUCUAGUUAGCCAGGAUGCGUUUUCACCAUAAAAUUAAGCUCGAAAAAAGAAUAUGCGUUACCUAUAUUACUAUUUUUCUAACACUCUAGCCUGACCCUGCAAUCUCAACCAAAAGGAGCUACCUGGUACAAGCGUGACAUUGUGGUUCUGAAUUUUUGAAUGUGGGAUAAAUGUGAAUACGACACUUUAGGACCUUUCGUAUAUCAUCAGUAAAUUCAUAAUAAGUAAAACUUUAAUAAUAUGGAUGCAAAUAUAAAAAAUGUUAUUUUCUUUCUUUGGUUUAAAAGGAAUACUUGUUGAUUAUAUAUAUGAAGAUUAUUUAAAUUUGUCACUGGCGGCAAGGUGGUUAUACAAAAAUAUGCAUAUUAAUUUUGUUGUAAAUAUAUCUCGAUAAGUUGUAGUAGUACUUGUAUUAUUAAAACAAUUGUUAAUAAAGUAUAUUCAAUUAGUUGAAGAGUUUGUAUACCUAAUAUAUUUAUUUUUUAUUUUUUUGAGAUUAUUUUGAAAACUAUUAAUAUUAACAAUUCACCUUAUUUUAUUACGCACAACAUAAUUGAUGUAUGAAUAAGACAGCCCAUUUCAGAACCUAUUUAUUAUUUGAAAUAUUAAAUAAUUAUUAUGUUCUUAGAACACCUUAAUGUUUAAUGAUAUUGUGAAGUUUGUAUAUGGUCUAUUCACGAGAAAUAAAAAAAUGAGAAUCA